CUUAGAAAAGGGCUAAAAGUUUUUGAGACUAAAGGAAGUGACGUAUAUUCCAAUAGUUGUCUAGGUAGGAUAUGUAAACAAUACUUCCAAUACUGUACAGAGUUACAAUGUCUCAACAAGGAGCAGCCCUUCAGAGCUACAACAAUGAACUGGUUAAAUGUAUUGAGGAGUUGUGUGGCAAGCGAGAUGAGAUUCACAAAUCUAUUCUCCAAGAAGAAGAGGAAAAAGUCAAGCUGCAAAAUGACAUCAGAGUUUUGACAGAGAGGCUGGCUAAGGUUAAUGAAUCUUUGGCCAAAAAGAUAGCAUCCCGAAAUGAAUUUGACAGGACCAUUGCAGAGACAGAAGCUGCUUACAUGAAAAUCUUGGAGAGCUCACAGACUUUGUUAAGUGUAUUAAAAAGAGAAUCUCAAUCACUGAAAGAAAAGUCUGUCCCUGCCCCAGGAGCACCUUCAUCACGAAACAUGCCCCCAUCUUGACCUGUGUGAGGACUACUCUGUGUGCAUGACUUUGAUUGGCUGUGGCAAAGUUUACACACAAAAAAUAGUUUGGCUAAAUUCAAUGAAAUAUUGACUUGGACUUAUGUAAAAAAAAACAUCCAACUAAAUAAAAGAUUUCAAAAACAAUUCUGACUAAAUGUAAAGACUAGGUAUAGAAUUAUGACAAUCUUAUAUAACUUUAAAUGAUUAAUAUAUUUUGUGUGUAAAUGUGUAUAAAUGUGUAAUUAUUCAUUGCCUGUAUAUUAUAAUAAAAUGCUGUUUUUGACUUUA